GUCGGAAAGGGUCUUCCAGCAGGGAGCCGGACCAAGACAGCGUGACGAACUCCUCCUCCAACGCGGGGGGCGCGGGUCAUAAUUUUCACGGUCAUCUUCACAGUUACGGUGGCGCGACCGGUGCUGUCGUAGGCGGGUCUUCAGCCUCUUCUUCGCGGGGAGCAAAUAAUUUUCGGCACGGCUCGCUAGAAGAGCAACAGGAACAAAAUCAGUCGAGUAAGUCAAGCACGGGCGCAACGGGAUUGAUAAACAACAAGAAACAACUCACCGGCACAUCCACAUCGUCCUCUUCUCGGGGUCACAGCUCGAGCACACUGCAGGUCGUCGCAAGCGGCAACAACAUUGCAAGUAGCAAUCUCAAUUUGCAACCUUUGGACCUGAUCAGUCACGCAACCACGACGUUUGUCGGUGCGAAGCACUCAUCGCGAUCGAAUGUGGAUCAAGGCGGGAACAAUAAAUCCUCCGAUCUGUACGAGUUCCACCUUUUACCAUGGUCGAAACUCACCUCCGUCUGGGGGCGUGCCUCGCCGUCGCUGCC